AUGUCCUUCGGCUUUGGCGUCGGCGAUUUCAUUGCCGUUUCUCAGCUCGCCUGGAACCUCUAUCGUUAUUGCUAUGUCGUAUCAAGGGGUGCUCCUCAGGAGUUCCAGUUGCUUCUUCAGGAGAUUACUACACUAUCCCAAUCGAUCAAGCUCCUAGAACUUGAAGCCCAAGAUCCAAAUUCGACUCUAGUCCGCUCCGGUGAAGACCGUAUUCGUAUGGUGAAGGAAAUGAUGAGUCGGGUGGAGGUGACACUCAAGGAGCUUGAGAAACAUGCGAAGAAGUAUGAGAAGUUGGGGGAUUCUUCACGUUCGAAAGUCCGAAAACAACUAUGGGCAAAGUUUAAAUGGGCUGUUGAUGCCUCCGAUUUGGAUGCCCUACGGAACAAGUUGGUCUAUCAUAACGGUGUUAUAAACUUACUUUUAACAUCCUGUGGAAAUUCUUCAUUGCAGCGUAUCGAGUCCUCAACCCAGAAACUUGAAAGAAGGUUCAGUCGCAUUGAUGAACUUGUCCAAAAGUUUGAGAGUCAAGGAUCCCCAGAAGCUCCGUCAAUAUCGGCCGUCAAUGAUAAAGCUUUAAAGAAAACCCUUCUCAGUAUGAAGCUGAUGGAAAACGCUGAAGUUGGAAAGCGACGGUGGUCAGCUAUUGGGGUAGACGAAUGGAUUCAGGCGGGAAGGUGGUGGCUUCUGAAGUCUCAAAGCGACCUGUCUGCAGGCCUUGCGUCUGACGGGCGCGUCUCUCACCAAGCUUACACAAACCUUGUUAAGGCAUCGUGGAUUUUGAUAGAUGUCAUUGCAAAGCAUCCGCAGUUCAACCUUCUCGAUCCAAGCAUACAAUACGACGCGGAAGUGCUUGCAGAGGCUAUUAGAGACCAAUUUGAGGAUAUGGAUAGCUCGAAGCUUCAAAAGCCCACAUUUGAGGAUAUUCAACUUUGUGACCUUAGCAUUUGGGAGACGCAAGUGAAGGGUAUGUCAUUACAACCUUCUAAGCGGAACGAGAAAUCGAAGCUUCUCGAAAAAACACACCACAGUUGGGAAACUGAAGAGGAACAGGUGUUGUUUCAACGUUUUGCAUACUACCAGGCCAGUAAGGCCUCGGUGUCGACGUCCUCCGUCAUUCUCUUCGUAGCUACAAAGAUUAGCAAACAAGCAAGUAUUAUUAUAAAAGACCAGAGCUGGACCACUCUGGCAAGAUUUGAGGUGGGGGGUGAUAUCCCGGAACCUUGUGGGAAUGUCUUAAGAAUCGGAGAUCAGGAGAUCUUAUCUCCUACCCCCGAAGAUGCGCAAUAUCUAAGUUUACUAUGGGAAGCAAUUGGUGAAUAUUUCCUUCCCUCAACCAAGGCGGAUCACGAUCACGACACCUUAAAGGCGAUUGUGCUGCUUUGCGCAAUCAGAAGCGGUCAUAAUAGGAUUACGGCGUCGCUCCUCAAAGACAUGCGGCGGAUGGACAUGGAAACAGAUUGUUCUACGGUCACCUCAACGAUUGGGUUGAGGGGUGCAGCCAUGGAGUUAGCAUCGUCCUGUCUUUUGGGUGAGCAGGUUGCACAGAUUAACCCAGUACCAAAGAGUCAGCAACCGCUGCUACGCUGGGCUGUUGAAAUGGAAUAUAACGAAAUAACGCAAUAUUUACUAAAGCGGAGGUUAACAUCGAAUACUGAACAACCAGUCUCCCUCGUGUCGUCAAUUUUUGAAUGUUGUCGUCAGGGCUCGGUGGAGAUGGUCACUGUUCAUGUGUCGCGGUAUGGACUUAUGGCCCCACUUGAGAGAUUGGAGGAGGGCAUCACAGUACUGCAACUUGCGGCAAGGAUUGGGAAUAUUAAAAUAGUCGACCUUCUAAUCACUGCUGGGGCUGACAUCAACGCAUCGCCUGACCGAGGCGAUGGACGGACAGCCUUGCAGGCGGCAGCUGGAGGAGGACACGAAGUGAUAGUCGACAAGCUGCUCCAGGCUGGGGCUGACAUCAACGCAGAGCCUGCCCAACAUGAUGGACGGACAGCCUUGCAGGCGGCAGCUGAAGGAGGACACGAAGUGACAGUCGACAAGCUGCUCCAGGCUAGGGCUGACAUCAACGCAGAGCCUGCCCAAAGCGAUGGACGGACAGCCUUGCAGGCGGCAGCUGGAGGAGGACACGAAGUGGUAGUCGACAAGCUGCUCCAGGCUGGGGCUGACACCAACGCAGAGCCUACCGAAUGGUAUGGACGGACAGCCUUGCAGGCGGCAGCUGGAGGAGGACACGAAGUGAUAGUCGACAAGCUGCUCCAGGCUGGGGCUGACAUCAACGCAGAGCCUACCGAAUGGUCUGGACGGACAGCCUUGCAGGCGGCAGCUGAAGGAGGACACGAGAGGGUGGUUAAGAGGCUACGUAAGGCUGGCGCUAAAGAUUGA